AUCUCAAGACAUUUCGAUGUACCAAGGUAUCUGGUUGCAUCUUAACUUCUUUCACAUUCAUGACGGUCAAACCCAAGUCGUAUAAUCUAGGUAUCUUGAAAUACACGAUUAUAAUUGAAACUUAACCAUGGCCAAAAUGCUUGAGCCCUCACAAUUUGACCGCAUCUUCGGCUCUCUGGAGCCGUUUCCCUACAAUCGCGCCUUCGUACAACACCUCGAAGCCUCCCGCCGAAGUCUUGAGGGUUUCUUGUUUAUCGACCGAGUAUUAAAAGCUCUGAACCUCUCCAAAGCUACCAGCCACUAUCCUCCUAAGAACAAGGAUGCUCUUCGGCAGCUUUACGAGCACAUCUGCGAAAGCAAGAAUGCCACCGUUCACCACAAGCUCUCAGUAGUCUAUUACAUCCUCCUCGAUAUCGACGAGCAAAACGGAUCCAACCAAGCCGAAGCCUAUUCGCAACGUGCCAGUAUACCCAAAAAAUACAAGAUCUUCAUGAAGGGCUUGUGGCAUAUGGACGCACUGCAAUUCGAUCUCGCAUUGCAGUACCUCACCCAUCCCUCGCUACAGCCCGACUUCGUAGACGACAUCAUCACCGUUCUAGUCCGCCACGCCAAGAACGGUGACUACAGCUUACCACUUGCCUACUACCAUACUGUCCAACCUAUCAUUCAGUCUUCCGCUGCAUUAGAGCUGCUCUUCGACUCCCUCGCACGAUCUAGCGUUGUCGACGCCUUUCAGUUUUCACGAUCGCAUGCCGAAUUCAUGCGUCGCCAGCUAUUCCAACGUCUCGUCAUAUCCGUACUAGAGUCUGCACGCAACGAUGGGGCAGCGGAGAAAGCGCUUGACUUGACUAGUCUGCCAUUCGAUGCUCAGGAAGAGCAAUGGUUUAAGGAAUGCUUAGAUGGCAGCGAAGGGAAGAGACUAGCAGUGGCCAAGGACACUCUUCUUAUGCGUAGAAUUGCUACGGGGCAGACCGGAUACGCAGGCGAGGCUGGUACGUGGGCGGUUGUGCUAGAAGGUGUCAAGACAGGGAGUGGAGGUCGCGCGCAAGCUUGACCAACUCAGACCGUGCAAAUAAAAAUGCAAAUCUGUCGGUAUCGCAUAGCGUAGGCGUCAAGGUUCUAUUAGACUACAUAUCAGUUGAUGGUGUCGAGAUAAUUCAUCUGGAUUAAUUCAUAUCAUUGCGUGGCAUUAUCUGCCAACGGGUUAUGUCAACUGCACUUUUUUCUCUAGUGUUGAGGAUGUCAAAAUAUUAAUGAAAGGGAAAGGGGGAAAGGAAUCAUGCAUUCACAUACUACGUUCUGGAAUGCUUAAAUAAUCCCAACAUGGCAGCCAUUCAAUGGACACAAUAAAAUCUAAUUAUUUAAAGGACAUAGGUUGAAUGUUUAUGAAAUGAAAGGAAAAAAAGUAAACUCCGAAUCGGGGAAUCGAACCCCGGGCUUGACGGACCUUAGGACAGUAUGCCAUGAGAGCGUCAAAUGUUA